CUGUGGAGAGCCCUCUGGGCGGAAUACUGAUAUCCCACAUUGCAGUGCAACACCACACAGCGCUCUAUGUCGUGGAGACUCUGUAGUCCUGUUGAUUUGAUUGUCGUACAGAGAGGGCGGCGGAUAAAAUAAGUGUUUCGUUUGUAGGUUUAAACGCAAAUUAUAAUCAAUAAACCGACUGGUUCGGCAAAGAGUUCUCUAGUGGGGAGCGAUCUAAGGAGAAAACCGGAAAGUAGAGGUACUUAGAAUGGAACCCGAGACAGCCUCCCUACUUUUCAGGCUGAGGUCUGGACAGAUACAGGUUGGAGCUGUACAGAAAAUGUCAUUUCCCCCUCACAUGAAUCGCCCUCAAAUUGGGAUCCCCCCUCUUCCGCCAGGGAUCCCCCCUCCCCAGUUUGCAGGCUUUCCUCAGACUGUACCUCCAGGGUACAUUCUGCAACACUCUCCACAAAAGGUCAUCCAAGGGACACCUAUGAUUCCAGUUCAUAUGGGCAUUAUGACAUCUGCUCCUACUGUCCUGGUCCCCACUAUGCCCAUGGUAGGAAAGCCAAUGGGACCUCGCAAAGACUUCCCUGGCAUGAGAAACAAGGAGAACGAUGAGAGCGGUGGUCCAACCACGACAGUCUUCGUGGGAAACAUCUCAGAAAAAGCUUCAGACAUGCUUAUUCGGCAACUGUUAGCCAAAUGUGGCUUGGUACUAAGCUGGAAAAGAGUUCAAGGAGCUUCUGGAAAACUCCAAGGUAAAAACAGAACAGCGUUUGGUUUCUGCGAGUACAAGGAGCCCGAAUCCACACUCCGCUCACUACGGUUGCUACACGAGUUGCAGAUUGGGGACAAGAAGCUGCUGGUGAAAGUCGACGCCAAGACCAAAGCACAGCUGGAUGAGUGGAAAGCUAAGAAAAGGAGUGCAAAUGGGAGCACGAAGCCUGACUCGAGUGUGGAUGAGGUGGAGGAGGAGCUGGACGACGAGACGAAGCGGCGCGACCAGCUUGUGAAGGGCGCCAUCGAGGGGCUGAUCCGCGAGUACUCGAGUGAGCUCAACGCCCCCUCCCAGGAGGCAGACACACACCACAGGAAAAAGAAAAAGGAAAAGAAGGAAGACGAAGAUAUAAAUGCAAUAGACAUGGAAGAAGACAAAAGAGACCUGAUUUCUCGAGAGAUCAGUAAAUUCAGAGACACACACAAGAAACUGGAAGAAGAGAAAGGGAAGAAAGAAAAGGAGAGGCAGGAGAUCGAGAAGGAGCGGCGGGAGAGAGAGAAGGAGCGGGAGCGGGAGAGGGAGAGGCGUGACCGGGAGAGAGAGAGGGAGCGAGAGAGAGAGAAGGAAAAAGAGGAGCGGGAGAGGGAGAGGGAGAGAGACCGGGAGAGGACCAAGGACAAGGAGAGAGAGCGCGAAAGAGAGCGUGAGAAAGAACGAAGCCGGGACCGCAGCAAGGAUCGCAGCCGGUCGCGGGAGAAGAGUCGCGAUAAGGACAAGAAGCGUGACCGUGAGGAAGAUGAGGAGGAGGCUUACGAGCGCAGGAAACUUGAGAGGAAACUGCGUGACAAGGAAACUGCGUACCAGGAGCGGCUUAAAAACUGGGAAAUUCGGGAGAGGAAGAAGGCUCGGGAAUACGCAAAAGAAGCAGAACGGGAAGAAGAGAGAAGGCGAGAAACGGCAAAAGAAGCCAAAAGACUGAAGGAGUUUUUAGAAGACUAUGAUGAUGACCGGGAUGAUCCUAAAUAUUACAGGGGCAGCGCUCUCCAGAAGCGGCUGCGAGACAGAGAGAAGGAGAUGGAGGCAGACGAGCGAGACCGGAAGCGUGAGAAGGAAGAGCUGGAGGAGAUCAGACAGAGGCUGCUGGCAGAGGGGCACCCAGACCCCGACGCAGAGCUGCAGAGGAUGGAGCAGGAGGCAGAGCGGCGCCGGCAGCCCCCAGUGAAGCAGGAGCCAGAGUCGGAGGAGGAGGUAGAGGAGGAGAAGCCUCCCCAGAAGGAGGAGAGGAGGGAGGUGGAGCUGGAGCCAGAGUCAGAGGAUGAUGUGGAGGAAGGGGAGGAGCUGGAGGAGGAAGAGGAGGAGCAGGAAGAGCUCCAGGAGCCGAAGCCCUGCCUCAAACCCACAUUGCGGCCCAUCACCUCUGCGCCGUCCGUCUCCUCAGGCAGCGGCGGUGCCACCCCGAACACGCCUGGCGAUGAGUCCCCCUGCGGCAUCAUCAUCCCCCACGAGAACUCCCCUGAGACACACCCACAAGAGGAGCUACGGCCCAAGAUAGGGCUCAGCCUCAAACUAGGCUCGUCAAACAGCCCGAGCCAGCCCAGCGUUGGGAAGCGGAAGAAGCUGGUGGUGGACAGUGUGUUCAACAAGUUCGACAAUGAGGAGAGCGACGAGGUGCCUCGCAAGAGGAAGCUGGUGCCGCUGGACUACGAGGAGGACGAGAAAGGGGGCGGCAAGGGCAACGUAAACACAGAGGAGAAGCGCAAGCACAUAAAGAGCCUGAUCGAGAAGAUCCCCACCGCCAAGCCAGAGCUCUUCUUAUACCCCCUGGACUGGUCCAUCGUAGACACGACACUAAUGGAGCGUCGAAUCAGACCCUGGAUCAAUAAGAAGAUCAUUGAAUACAUAGGAGAGGAAGAGGCAACACUAGUGGACUUUGUAUGUUCAAAGGUUAUGGCUCAUGGCACACCACAAGGCAUUCUAGAUGAUGUUGCUAUGGUAUUGGACGAGGAAGCGGAAGUCUUCAUAGUGAAAAUGUGGAGGUUAUUGAUAUACGAAACAGAAGCAAAGAAGAUUGGACUGGUGAAAUGAAAUAAAAAAAACAAAGCAACAAAAGAAAAGGGGGGAUAAUUGAACUAAUUCCCAUUUGGCUUUCUUUCCUUCCAUCAUUAAAACCAACAACUGAAAGUUUUUUUUUUUUCUUCGUUCUCCCUCUUGGUCUUGAUUGUCCACGGAGGGGCAUCUGGAUUGUUAAACGCGACAAUGUGAAAGGAAGUGUUUCCUCGUUUCUUUCUGUUGCCCAUUUCUGCCACUGACAAAGGUGUACAUUUUACUGGACUUACUUGUUUCUUUGUGCACUAAUUUUAGUGUACCCAGAUAAACUACUGGUAAUAGCGCAUGGUCAAACUUAAUUUUUCAAGUCUGGUUGCUUAGUGGUUCUGUGUCUUUCACCAGUGCAACAUCAGAUGUCUAUUGAAAUUUGAUAUCCAUGUUUAUAUAUAAACAGUGGCUGUUGACAGGAUGCUGCUUAGGGAGUAAGUCUGAAAUAUUUGGAAUUUAGAAGAUAGUGUCCUGUAAAGCGCUAGGGAUGCAGUGUUCCAGUUCAGUGUCUGCAACAUAGUUUAUACACAGGGAUUGGAAAUACUUUAAUACUUUUUACUGUGUGUUUUUGGGGGUUUUUUUGCAGAUGUUUUCUUCUAAGCUAAUUUUUUGUGGUUUUCUGGGCUGAACCCCCCCCCCCCCCCUUCCCUUUUGCUAAUCCUGCUAACUUUUAGAAGGCUAUGAUUGCUGAAUUAAAGUGACAUUUUUUUAAAAUCCUUGCCAUCCAAUGAAAUCUACUUAACCUGCUCAGCUAAAGAAGAUCUCACUUAGACUGCACUCCAAAACACUAGACUUUUUAAAGGUUUUGUUGCUGUCAUACAAUAUAGUUGAGCAGAUCUGCUUAAGAAAUCCAAGACAUUGUAUUAGUUUGGAUUCAUGCACAUAAGGGGAUAAACAAAACAUAUGUAUUGGGAUACCAGAAGCCCGUUCAUUUCAGUGCCUGCUGUAAAUAUUCUCGUAGUGAUGUUGAACCAAUGGAUAUCCUGUAAAUUAUAUCCCAGAAUUUGUCUACUGCAAAAACUGUUCUCUCAAGGUAGGUAAGGUUGAGUGGAGACAUUCAUUCACGACCUAGUGAUUGAUUGUUUGCUUGGAUGUUCUGCUCUUUCUAUUGUGCAAACCCAUAUUAAUGACCAAAUGUAAGAUUUAGAUCCUCUUAUGCUGACAAGCAACUCCUGCUUGGGUUUCCAAAUUGGACAGUUUGGACAAACAAAUUAAGAGCAACCAUGAGAGUGAAGGUAAAGCACAUAGGUGGCAAUGCUUGAAGAUGAAUUUCUCCGCUGUUUCAAGAUUUGAGUUUUUUGUCCCAUCUUCCCUUCAGUGUAGCAUUUAACUCCAUCUACUUAUGACAGAUGCCCAUUAUGUAGUCUGGUUUUACCCAAAGUAGUCUGCAGUGUUUUUUUAUAAGAUUUUCAGAAACACACAGGUUAGUCGAGGCUUCACUGAGAACAUGCUUCAGAAUCGUGCAUGAACUUGUGUGCCAUGAAACCAGGGAAUACAGGCACAUUUUUUUCAGUUGUACCCAUGUAUGGGGCAGAGCCAGAUUACUAUCUUUCAUAUUAAUCCUCUGCAUGUGUGAAUAAAAUUGCUUAGUAAAAUUUAGCCAUGCCGUCUAAUAUUGGGCUUUGAGCGUUUCUUAGAAUUUCAGCAUCCCACAAUGGAAGACGCAGCUCUGCAAUGUUUCGUGACCAUCUUCAGCAGUGAUAAGAGAGACAUUAUUUUGUUAAAGCAAAUGUAAAAAUAAUGCAUUCAGAAUUGUGUGCCAGUGGUGUAUCUGAAUUUAUUAUCUGUAUUGGGCUGUAAAUGUUUAGCUUCUGGUAAAUAAUUUAUGUACCUUGACAAAAACUUGAAAAAUGGAAAAGAAAGUUAAACCGGAUGUUGAAAUAAUUGCAAUGACUUGAGGGAAACCUCAACCUCCUUCAGACUGCUGCAUAAAGAAUCGGCGGGCAAUGAUGGGGUUUAACACAAAAACUUGGUACUGAACAGGAAGACAACAAUUUGGGGACAGUACUUGGGCCAAUGCAGCAAGGUUAAUUUUGGAACAUUUAGUCCUGGCCCUCCGUUUUAAUCCCAAAACUCGUCUAGGUUCUGAACCUGUCUGCCGCUAUAGUAACAUUUUGCCUUUGUGUAUUUUUAAAGGUUAUGUGAGCUGUGGACAUUUGCUUGAAAACACCUGAACAAAUACAACAAAAAUCUAAAAUGUCUUGAAAAGCCCUUGUACCCUUCUUACUCAAACUUUAUUUUAAUUGAAAUACAAAAGAUGGUAGUGAUUGUCAAAUGGCAGUGUUGUGAAAGCAGUUGCACCAGUGAUUGAACAUUGUCAAUGGACCCAUGACUUUAAAUUUUUGGUUUAUUUUUGUUUGUUUAUUUGUUUCUUUUUUUAUAAAAUUCAUUUUUUUGUUUAUGGA